GCAAGUGCCAGUAUCAAUUUUGUUCGGUUCAUAAAAGCAUCGGAGUAGCAACGCGAUACUACAGUGUCGUCACGCAUACAAGUGGUCGUGAAGAGUAAAAUCGAAAAUACAAAUAUAAACGCGUGUGUAGAUGAGUAAGCCGCUGUAGUGGAUUGGAAAAAUCCGCGGGCUCGUUUUGAAAACAAUGAAAAAAUUGUGAAUUCAUAUAAAUACUUGGAUGUAGGCACAGAAGUAUGAUACAUAAUAAUAUGUAUUGAAAUAUACAAUAUGAGAUAGUGUAAUGUGUAAUAAAUGUUAAAAAAAAGUAUUAAAGUGACUGAAACAUUUACUAUUCAUUAAACUAAAAACGAGCAGUGAAAUAUCAAAUAAAUAAAAAAUAAAUAAAAUCAUCGAAAUUUGGCGCUAAAACGUUCAGUUGAUUCGAAAAAAAAAUCUAUUUAAAUGACAAGUGUAGAAUUUGUGUUGCCAGACGGGUUUAGACAAAAGUUUAUGAAACACUAAACGCAAGUCAAUGUGAAAAAAACGCUUAACAACGCAUGUAAAAAGACACGGUUAGUGCGUACUGCCCCCAGUGAAGUGCCAGUCCUUUCUUACCUCCGUUCUAAUAAUCCGCAAAGCUGAAGAUAAAAACUACGCCCAGUAACCCUGCCGCCGCCGUCGCUUCCCAUAGUAUUGCGCCAACACAACAACAAACAGCGCGAACACAUAACGGUGCAGACACCUAUCACCUACCGCAGUCACAGCCACAGUCGCUGGCUGUCCACAACAACGCCAACGUGGCUGCCGUUGGUUGUCUCCGGCCCAUUUCUUCCGCCACCGUUUAUCCGAACGCCGCCAAAAUUGCUCCCUACCAAAGACGAAUGCAUUUGCCGAGCGCAUCGGCUGCGGUAUACAGCGGCGGUUCAACAACUGGCGGCCUUGUUGGACUCGGCGGUGGAGGUGGCGGUGGUGCUGGCGCCGGUAUUGGCAUUGGUGUGGGCAUCGACGAUGCCGUCGGGCAUAAUGUAUGCAGUCUGAUUGGUGGUAAUGGUGCCGCCGCAAUGGCUACAUCGUGUACGUCGCCGAUGCGUUGGUGUGAAGGCGCCGCAGUGCCACAACCGUUACCGCCCAGUAAUGCGAGUAUUGGCAGUAGUUCUCCAAUAGGUGGCGCAAGCAAUGGCACGGCACAUAGUAGUAAUAGUAAUACAAAUAGUAGCAGUAACAAUAAUAAUAAUGCCAACAACAAUAACAACCAUAAUAGCAGUAACAAUAAUGCUGGCUGUCAGGACCUGUGGUGGACGGAGCGUAUGGUGCAGAUGGCGCACGAAAAGUAUCCCAACGAACUAGUACCCACCAGCAACCCAUAUUUCUUAUGCUCCAAGCUGCCACCACAUUGGCGUGCCAACAAAACGCUGCCCAGCUCUUUCAAAGUGGUAGCGCUCGUGGAGGUCGGCGAUGGCACGACGGUGACGAUACGGGCCGGCAACGAUGAGAACUGCAGUGCGGAGCUGAAGAACUGUCAGGCGACGAUGAAGGAGCAUGUGGCCAAGUUUAAUGAUCUGCGCUUUGUGGGACGCAGCGGCAGAGGCAAAAGUUUUACGCUUACGAUCACCGUGCACACGAGUCCCAUACAGGUGGCCACCUAUGCCAAAGCUAUUAAAGUCACCGUUGAUGGUCCGCGUGAACCGCGCUCCAAGACAAGUAAGUUGGUCGUUGAUGGCCGUGGCAGACGUACGAAGGCACAAAUGACACGUAGAUAUUCUUCCUCCUCUAUCACUACCACUACUACUACUACUACUUUCAACACUUCCAACACUACUACACCUAGUUCCAAAUACAAAUUAUACGAGUUGCAUGUAAUGGACUCACAAUCACCGGCCGAACAAUACGCACGAACCAUCGCAUCGUCGUCGUCCAUAAUGUCCUGCCGUUCGUUUGAGCAGAGUGAUUGUGGUGAUGCCAUGUUCAAUAAUGGUCCCACUGGCGGUCUGCCAUUUCGCCCAGGAGGCAUUUUCGAUUCACCCUAUCCGACGCCUUUGCGUGACUUCGAGCGUCGUUCCAUGCGCCAACCUGUGUCGUCAGUGUCUUCCAGUACCAAUGCGUUGCAGCAAAUAGCCAAUCACCCAUCGCCCAAUAGCAGUCGUGCGCUGAAUAACGAACUAUAUAAACCAAAUGCGGCAGAGAUAUCAGAAGCCAACGCAUUGAUGGGCGCCGCAGACUGGACAACCGGUUAUUCGUCAAGUGCCUACACGCCCUAUCGCCAUCACAACCCUUACCAAUAUCCACAUCACACCGCGACUGCCGCCGCGUCCACCAAUCUGCCGCACUGCGGCUAUGAUCCCACCGUACCCACACCAUUUACCACCGACCAUGGACUGACAGCGGUACCCAGUAUGCUAACGGACAUGACCUCGUUAUGUGAGUAUCCACACAGCGGCAUGGCGGCAGCGCCCGGCGCCUAUAUGCCACAUGCGCAGCCGCCCAUUUGCAGUCCCAAUCACUAUGAUACCGGCAAGGCGGAGUUGGAGACCCUGAAUACAACCUACCCCACAUACAAUAAUUUUACCAACGGCUACAACAACUACAGUAGUUGCGCCGCACAAGGUGGCCCAGGUUAUCCGUGUCAAGCAGCGCCCACUAUGGUGCUUUGUCCGAAAUUCUACUCACACACCGUUAAUCAAAACGAGAUCCACGUGCAUGUGCACGACAAUUCGUUGAUCAGUUCGCUGACCGGUUACCGUUCUAGCAUUGAAAUCGGCAUUGGUACAUCGGAUCACGAGGCGUUGAGUGCACAAGGAGCGGCGGCGCAGGCGCUACAUGAUCCCCAAAUGGGAGGCGGCGGUAGUGGAGGUGCUUUGGGCACAACAGCGGAUGUCAGCAGCGCAGCACCGAUCACGAGUAGCGAACAUAACCUACAACAGCAGCAGCAACAGCAUGACGCACAAUCGCAACAGCAACAACAACAACAAACACAUUUGGAUGUGCCACAUCAAGUUGAUGCAUCCGUGACGGGAGAGCAACAUAGCGGCGCACGCAACGUGGACGUAGGCGAUUUGGGCAACGUAUGGCGUCCAUAUUGACCGGGCGGUGGUGGUGCAGCCACAAGGUCUUACGUAUAUGCACAUUGAACUGACUUGAUAACUGAAAUUGCAAGCAAAAUCGAAGGAUUCAAUACUUUGUUUUAUUUUUACGCGCGAUUAACGGUAUUUGAAAAUACUUUUUUUAACAAAAAAUAUUUUUGGUUUAAUAAUUUUUAUUUGAGUAUAUUAGAGUACAGUAGAGGUGUGUAGCAGAUAUGCUUUGGUUAUUUACUUUUAAAUAUUAGUGUAAAUAUGUGUUAGAAAUAAUUUAAGAAACUUGAUUUUAAAUAAAUAAAGCACAUAUACAUAUAUUUAGUAUAUAAUUUGUAAAUAUGUAUUGCUAUUUAAUAUUUUCUAAUUGUAAUGCAAUCGUCCAUAAAAUGAGCUGAUGUACAAUAUCGCGUGUUUAAAUAUACAUAAGUACUUACCAUAUACGUACAUACAUACAUACAAAAGCAAAAUAAAUGUUCAAUAAUUUUGUUAUUUACUUUAGCAUUGAUAAUAAGUGUUUACUCAUAAAUAUUAGUACAACUUGCAUUACAUUUACUUAACUAAAUGUAAUAUUUAUGUAUACUCGUGUAUGUACAUAUAUAGUAUAUAAUAUAUAGCUUGUAAUUAAAUGAAAUUAAAAUGUUUAACUAAACAUUAAAUAUGAAAUAAAGAGAAUACUGAAUAAAAUUAA